GACUUCGCAGUCGACGUGCGGCACAAGCCUGCAAUUCCCCUUUCGAGCGGACCUCGGUCACCGCCCGUACCUUCCUCGAAUUAACCCGGCAACCCCAGCCCACCACCUGAGGCAAGAGCACAGGACCAGAGGCAAGAGCAGCGCUGGACUACUUCCCGUGACCCUCGCGAUAACUCCAGCUACGGGGUCUGGCCCCUAGCGAUCGAGCGAAAUGGCCGAACGAUCGAGGGCGAAAGCGGUUUGCACGCUAUUGAAGAACCUGAUUCUCGCAGCACUCUUAUACGCAGUAAUUUAUGGCAUAAUAGCUCUGGGAAGUGACCCCAGCGUCGCCGCAAAGGGAAAAAUUGGCAUUCCAGCCUUCCUCGACAAGACUGGCCCAGCCGAGCUCAUCAAGACCACCAAGGCUGGCCUCAAGGUCAAGUUUGCAAGCUCCUCUAAAACAGUCACCAUAAACCCACACGCCAAUGUCUUCAACCGGCCUGUUACUGCUGUUAAGAUUAAGGACGACUUCAUGGGACCCCGCCCGCAUGUCGAUACUGAGGCCGAUCUGCAUAUGCUGAUUGAGGAGUGCAGGGGCACAUAUGCCGGCAUUGAGAAGAUGAGGAAUGUCUUUGAUUGUUUGAAGUUCUUCGCGGAUGGGGAGAAUCGCUACUACAAGCUGCCCGAGGUCUCAGCGAGGGCGAGCUCCCAAGAUCCCCGCCAGGCCGAAUACCUGAAUGCCGACGGGCAUGGGAACACACUUAGCACCUACGUGUCCCCCUCUAAUGCCGAACCAGCAAAUGGAUCCGAUAUUGGGACCUGCCCGGGCCCUAUCAUCCCAUAUCAUGUUUACUGGACUGGACCUGCAACAUGGCGAGUCGAGGUCUUCAUCAAGAGUUAUCUCUACACGCAGAACCUCGCUUGCUCACGGCUUUGGCUGUGGCUUGACAGUGACAGGAACCCAAAGGCAGUUUAUGAUAUGCUGAACAAGGAUGCUCUGUUCGCCCGCUUCCUUCCCCUCGUUGAGCGCGGCGACAUCGUCGUUAAGUCGUGGAAGUUCCCCUCUCGGAUACCACUCCCCAAGGAUGAGGACAAUACCGAUGGUUUUGGAUACUAUAGCACGCCUGGCAAGCCGAAUGUGAAGGGCGAGAAAGUAGUGGCCGAGAACAUUAUUGAGGACAGGGAUGGCCAGCAGUGGCUCGUGCUCACUCCGAAACAGAUGACGUUCCUUCCCGUGGCAGUCUCAGAUGCUGUCCGCUUUGUGGUCUUGCAUAUUCAUGGAGGAGCAUAUUUCGAUAUGGACGUGCUUAUGCUACGGGAUAUGCGUCCAUUGCUGCUGCCCAAAGAGCAUGCGUUUGCCGAACGCUGGGCUGCGCAUCCUCACCCCGGUGACUACAACACGGCUAUUAUGUCUCUCACAGCGAACUCGUCGCUUUCAUCCUACCUUCUUUAUGGCGGAAUCCGUAUGGGCCUCAACUUCCAUCCUCGAAUUUUGGGUCGCAUGGCUUGGAAAGACGGACGGGACCAGGAGUUUUUGAUGCUAGAGACUGGUGCCUUUGACCCCAUCUGGACAGAAUUCAACUGGGACCGGGAAGGACGAUGCACAGUUCCUUGCCUCCGGGAUUACGGUGCAGCCUUUAAGGGCAAACAGGGAUCACUCAAGGAUGAAUGGGAGAGCUAUGACGGCCCGCAGCUGGAGUCUAUCGAUCUUUCGCGAGCGCAAGUAAAGGAAUUACGAAUUCGAGAUGAAAGCGAACAGAUUGCAGAAGUUGACACAGCUGCCCCAGUUCCAGCACCGCGACGCACAAGGCGGAGCCGGGAGGAGCUGGACAACGUACCAAGUUCGUCAGCUUCACCGACGCCAAAAGUAGAACAUGCCGACUCGUUUCAGGCAACGCUUGAUGAAGAGGCCGAACUGCGCAAGGCUGGCGUUGUUGCAGACUACGUCCUCGCUGAAGACAAAUUCCCUCCAAACAAUCGCACUCUGGAGAACUUCUUCCGUGGGGCCUGGACGUACCACAUUCACAAUCAGUGGCUUAAGCAUCCUGAACCCUCAUCUUGGAUCUCAGUCCUCGAGCAUGCGCAUGACGGCUUCUUCGCAGGAACGCGCACCAACAUCUACGGCGAGAAAUGGACCGGCCAGAAAAUUAUGCCAUACAACUACUGGCCCGAAUUCGUAUGAAAGCCGGGCCUCAGGUCCUCCAUCC